GGUCAGGACGGGGAGGGGGACGCAGAGCCCGGUCGCCUCCCACUUUAGUAUAAAAACUGCCAGCCGAGCAUCAGACUUCCUCUUUCUGUUACCUGGCUAGGGGCAGCAGCUUGGCCGUGGAAACCAGCAACACCGAAACUACACAACAAUGGCAAAGGAGAAGAUCCACAUCAACAUCGUGGUCAUUGGCCAUGUCGACUCCGGCAAGUCCACCACCACCGGCCACUUGAUCUACAAGUGCGGAGGAAUCGACAAGAGAACCAUCGAGAAGUUCGAGAAGGAGGCCGCCGAGAUGGGCAAGGGCUCCUUCAAGUAUGCCUGGGUGCUGGACAAGCUGAAGGCCGAGCGUGAGCGUGGUAUCACCAUCGACAUCGCCCUGUGGAAGUUCGAGACCAACAAAUACUACGUGACCAUCAUUGAUGCCCCCGGACACAGGGACUUCAUCAAGAACAUGAUCACUGGUACCUCCCAGGCCGAUUGCGCCGUGCUGAUCGUCGCCGGUGGCGUGGGUGAGUUCGAGGCCGGUAUCUCCAAGAACGGCCAGACCCGUGAGCACGCCCUGCUGGCCUUCACCCUGGGCGUGAAGCAGCUCAUCGUCUGUGUCAACAAGAUGGACUCCACCGAGCCCCCCUACAGCCAGAAGCGUUUUGAGGAGAUCACCAAGGAAGUGACAGCCUACAUCAAGAAGAUCGGCUACAACCCUGCCACCGUGGCCUUCGUGCCCAUCUCUGGUUGGCAUGGAGACAACAUGCUGGAGGCCAGUGACAAGAUGAACUGGUUCAAGGGCUGGAAGAUUGAGCGCAAAGACGGCAAUGCCAGCGGAACCACCCUGCUUGAGGCUCUGGAUGCCAUCCUGCCUCCCACUCGCCCAACUGAGAAGGCACUCCGUCUGCCCCUGCAGGACGUCUACAAGAUUGGCGGUAUUGGAACUGUCCCCGUGGGCCGUGUGGAGACUGGCAUCCUGAAGCCCGGCAUGGUCGUCACAUUCGCCCCCGCCAGCUUGACCACUGAGGUGAAGUCAGUGGAGAUGCACCACGAGAGUCUGACUGAGGCUCUGCCCGGAGACAACGUCGGCUUCAACGUCAAGAACGUGUCUGUCAAGGAGAUCCGCCGUGGAAACGUGGCUGGCGACAGCAAGAACGACCCUCCCAAAGGCUGCAGCAGCUUCAACGCUCAGGUCAUCAUCCUGAACCACCCUGGACAGAUCGGCGCUGGUUACUCCCCCGUGCUGGACUGUCAUACUGCUCACAUUGCUUGCAAGUUUGAUGAGCUCUUGGAGAAGAUUGACCGUCGUUCCGGCAAGAAACUUGAGGACAACCCCAAGAAUGUGAAGUCCGGAGAUGCUGCCAUUGUCAGGAUGAUUCCCAGCAAGCCCAUGGUUGUGGAGGCCUUCUCAGACUACGCUCCCCUCGGACGUUUUGCCGUGCGUGACAUGAAGCAGACGGUGGCUGUCGGUGUCAUCAAGUCUGUUGACAAGAAGGAGGUCUCUGGAAAGACAACAAAGUCUGCAGAAAAGGCCGCGAAGAAGAAGUGAAUUCUCACCCAGGACACCCAGCAACCAGACCUGCCUCAGCAACAGCGGGCCACCCCGUCGCCUCUCCUCCCCACCCGCCUGGCACCGUCUUCUCUGAGGCAGAGCUCUCUACUUAAGGACUGGCUUAUGCUGAUAAAAACCCAUCGCAAAAGUUUCCGCAGGAAAGGAAUUCAUCGUGGCAUCGUCUUACCUGAAUCACAAGACGACAGUGCCUCUUUUCAGUUAAAAUUUUAAGUUGGAAAUGAAUGGUUAGAACUAUCUUGAUGUUGAUGCCACAAAUAAAUUGGAAAGAAAGCUGCUGGUAACAAAUAAAGUUGUUGAAAUACUGAAAGACGAA